AUGCUUAGAGAUAUUAAUGAUAUAUUAGAUAUUACCUCAAAGAUUGAGGAAGUUAAUAGAGAGAGAGAUGAAUUGGCUUCCAAAAUUCAGAAGAUAAAUGCUACUUCUGAAUUAGCAUUACGGGAAUCCACACAUAGAGACAAAAUUGUUACUGAGGCCACAAAAGAUAUAUUAAAUAAUGCUAAAUCAUUAGAUAGUGUUAUUGAACUUAAAGAUAAAUAUGGUGAUCUUUCCAUUUUGAAUAAUCUGCAAGAACAUUUCAAGAAACAGAAAAAAAUAGAUUUAGCAUUGAAGGAUUUAGAGAACGUGGAAUCUGAUAUAAACUCAUUAUUUUUAGAUUCAAUUAUUAAUACUAAUUAUGAGGUGGUCAAAGAAAUAGCAGAUAAACUAAAUGUGUUUGUAAGUGAAUAUUUAAAUCUUGAUUCCAAAAUAUCAACAUUUUUGCAAUCGUUAAUUAAAAAAUUUAAUGAAGAAUUUUUGGAAAAUUACAUUAGUGUUAUUUCUGAGGAUUUUGAAAAAGAAUUGUUAGAGGCAAAAUGGGAUAAGAUUGAUUACAUGCUAAGGAUUGAUGAUAAUGUACUAAAAUUACGAGCUUUAUCCACGAAUAUCUAUAAAUUUUCACAAUGCUACAUUAUAUGCAAUGAGAAUGAUAACAAUAAGUUACAAAAAUUUAGAUUUAGAAAUUUUAAAUCGAUUGCUAAUAACUUCAAGAUUAGAUUUAUGUUUCAUUUCCAUGAAACAAAUUUAAACAAUAAAAAAUUUAAGUUACAAAUAUAUUUUCAAUUUUUGAAUUCAUAUUUAUCUGAGAAUUUGUACAAAUGCAUUAACAUUUUUCAUGAUCAUAGAAAUGCAAUCUCUGAAAGUUUAGUUCAUGAGCAAUUUAUCGACCACAUCUUAGAACCUAUAAGAACUAAAAUUAAGUUCAUAUUAAUGAAUAAAAAAAAGGAAAAUGAUAUUAAAACAUUACUUAUUUUAAUAUCUGAAAUUCUAACAACAGAUAAAAAUUUAACUAAAAGUUAUAAAUACCAAGGGAAUUCAUUAAUUAAUUUAAUACCAUCGGAUAUAUGGGAUUUGUGGGUUAGUUAUCACAUUGAAGUUUCAACAAAACAGGUUGAUUCUCUUUUCAAUGUCAAUAAUCCUAAUGCGAAUUCAAACGAAGAUCAAUUAACAAACUCAUCUAAAGACUUUAUUAAGCUAUUUAAUAAAUUUUUUUUGAAUUUAGAAGCAUUUUUUGAACUAUCUUUGAUCUCGAUACAUGAAGAAUAUAAAUUGAUUUUAUUCUCUAAAAUAUUUUUAAAUUUGAUUAAUAAGUAUUUGAGUUUUGUAUUGGAGAUAAACAUUUUGAAGGAUGGUAAUAAACAUUCAAAACAAGAGGAACUGUUACAAACUUUGAUAAAAUUGGAAAAUUUGUCAAUAGUUAAUAAAAUGCUUAUAGAAUAUUCUAAUAAUUUAAUAUUCAUUCAAUUAACUGAUCUAGUGAACAAACAAAAUAAGUCAAAUUCUCAAAAAAUAAAUUCAAUUUUUGAAAAUGUUAUUAAUGAGUAUGAAACGAAUAUCAAUCAUGAUAUUAAAGAUUCAAUUAUUUACAGAAUCCAAAAAUUAUUGAAAGAAUCAUUAUUGAAGUAUUUUAAGAUCUCUUCAAAAACAUGGAGCACUAUCUCAGAUAAUUCAGAUAAUGCUAAUAAAAAUAUGCAUAUUAGCAGUGAACUAUCAAAUACGGUUAAAUUAAUGACCAAUAUAAAUACUCAAUUGAAAAAUUUAGAUAUUGAUCAAAGCCUUAAAUUUUCUAUUGGAAAUGAAAUUCUAAAUAUCACAGUAAAAUAUUUCACAGAAAAUAUCUUAAAAUUAAAUAUUUUCAACAGACAAGGGUUAAUGCAAGUUAAACAUGAUUAUGAAUCUGUGGUUAUGUCUUUAGAUAUACUAAACGACGAUUACAUUAAUUUUAAUCAUAAAAUAAUGUUGGAAUCGUUAGCCAUUUUAAAUCUAAAAUAUGAUUUCAAUGCUCAAGAAUUUACAUUGAAGGAAUAUGCUAAGGGUAAUCAAUUUACAGAUCUGAAGGAUUACUUAUCAAUCAAAUACAUGAAUGAUUCGGAAAUUCAAGAAACAUUAUUCAGAAUAGUAUACGGCAACAUAGUUUAG